GCACAGAUCUAGAAGGGUUUCCUUUAUCUGUGGAAGGUGCUGCUGUACAUACAUUACAUUUGUGCAUUUCUUGCGCUAAUGUCACACCAGAGGGGUCCAUGAGUGAGUCUGCAUCUGCUCCGGUCAGCGCAAUUUAGUGCCAUGUUCUUGGCUCAGGUGUGUCUGGGCAAAAAAAAAAAGAUAUCCUUUUGAGUCGCUGUAAUGACACAAGUGUUGCUGUAGAGGGCGGCAACCGCUUUGAAUGCAGUCAGAUGACGAAUUCGCAGGAAGGCGCAGAGGAAGAAAUGACCUGUCUGUGGGUCUAGUCCUCGUCCUAGUCCUCCUAUCUAUAAGCAAAGCUUCCAGCACAGUUGGCAAUGUCUAAACUUUAGGGAACCUGUUAUAACGUAUCGUUGAUGCUACGUUUUUAUCUGACAAACCGGCACUCGUUUAAUACGCUUAAAUUCAAAAAUGUUAGAUGCCAAUGCAUCUGCAAAUGACACGGAUACGCUCGCUUGUGGAGAUGGGGAGAAGGAACUGCCUUUGUGUGAAUCAAAGGAGCAGGGUUUUAAACUGGUACCGGAGGUCAACAUGACCCCCUCCUCCAGGUUUCUGCAGGUUGAACUGGAGCUGAACGCACACCUCCGUCGGCUCACCUUCAGCGAGCCUGUCAGGUACAUUUACAACCCGCUGGAGUACGCCUGGGACACCCACCGCUGCUACGUAGAGAAGUACUGUCAGAGCGGACAAAGGAUCCUGUUUUUAGGGAUGAAUCCGGGACCUUUCGGCAUGGCACAGACCGGGGUCCCCUUUGGUGAAGUAAGGUCUGUUGUUGAUUGGCUGAAGAUCACAGGGGAGGUCGGUCAUCCUCAGGACGAGCAUCCUAAGCGGCGGAUCACAGGACUUGCCUGCACUCAGAAGGAAGUGAGUGGCGCACGUUUCUGGGGCUUCUUCAGGAAGUUGUGUGGUGAACCAGAACUGUUCUUCCAGCACUGCUUUGUGCACAAUCUAUGCCCGCUCAUUUUCAUAGGUGCCAGUGGGAAGAAUUUAACCCCCCCUGAGCUGCCUGCAGGUGAACGGGAGGCCCUCUUGGCCCUGUGUGACGUUGCACUGUGCCAGGCGGUGGAAGCAUUGGGCAUCUCCAUGGUGAUCGGAGUUGGAAGGGUGGCAGAGCAGCGGGCGCGGCGAGCUCUAUCAGCAGCAGGUGUCAACGUGCGUGUCGAGGGCAUCAUGCAUCCGUCACCCAGAAACCCACUAGCCAAUAAGGGCUGGGAGGUAGUAGCCAAUGCCAAGCUGGCAGAACUUGGUGUCUUGUCAUUGCUGAACAACAUGUGAGCUAUUCAACCUUCUCUGACACGUGCCUUAAGUUAUCAGUAGCAGCAUGGAUUGCGCUCACUCUGACAAUGGACCAUGGUGUGAGGAGUUUGAGUAAGAGACUACGUAGCAUUCCAAUACCCAUACUUGCAUACUAUUUAGUAAGCCAGGAAAAGAUUUAGUAUGUCCCAAAUAGUAUGUCAAAUGCAGUAUGCUAAAAAUACCAGGAUGUCAUACUGCAUCCGGUCGGAUUUUGCAAUAUGCAAACCAGCAUGCUUUUCUGGCUAUUCUGACCCACAGUCCUUUGUGCAGCAUAUAUGAGCAAGAGGGUCAACGAUUAAUGUUAUGAAGAAGUGCUAUGUUCCAAUUGAAUGCUAACAGCAUGUAACACUACAUACUUUGUAAGGGCAGCUGCAGUACAUACUAAAGUAAAAAAAGUAUGCAAUUUGGAAUUCAGCUUUAGUAUUUGUAAACACAUCUGUUCAGCAACUGCACAUUUUCUUCUUCUGUAAAGAUCUGUCUGUCUGUUCAUUUCAAGAUGGCUUUUCUUUACAGAUCAGUGCAUGUGGAGCACGGCACUAGGCUGUGCACCAUUCAUUGUAAAAAAAACAAACAAAAAAAACAAAAAAAAACUAAACACUAAUGUUACUAUAAGGUGCUCUGGAUAUACUUGUAUGUUUAUAGCUCAGGGUGUUUCAACUUUAAAUUCAGCCUAACCGCAGGCAUUACCGCCUGUCCCAAUAUGUAUUAGCGAAUGAUGAUGCAUAUUGGGACACCCAAUGAACACUUAACAUGACAAUGAAAAUAGAUUACAAAAUGCAGUACUGCGAAUGCACAUACUAGACUUUUUUAUUUAUCUUCAAAAGGUAUUAAUUUACCAAAUUGAACAAUUGUCAUUUUUACUUU